AUGUCUCCAUAUCAAUUGGUGUAUGGGAAAUCUUGUCAUUUGCCUAUUGAGUUAGAACAUAAAGCUUUAUGGGCUACAAAGUUCUUGAAUUUCGAACCAACCAAAGCUCUUCAGAAAAGAUUGCUGCAGUUGAAUGAGCUAGAUGAGUUUCGAUUGUCUGCAUAUGAGAGUGCCCGAGUUUAUAAAGAAAAGACCAAGAAAUGGCAUGAUAAAAAGAUCAAUCUAAAGGAAUUUGAGCCGGGACAACAAGUGUUGUUGUACAAUUCUCCCCUGAGAUUGUUUCUGGGCAAGCUUAAGUCUAGGUGGGCUAGUCCAUUUGUGGUAAAGAAAGUAUUCACUUAUGGAUCAGUUGAAAUGUCUCCUUUAGAUGAUGAUAGACCUUUCAAAGUCAAUGGAGCUAGACUCAAGUUUUAUCAUGGAGGACCCAUGAGGAGAGACACUAAGGCUUUGUCUCUCAAAGAAAAUGACACUUAA